AAAACUUUUCCCCCCUGAAAAGUGAAGGCGCACAGAUGUGCACACUUACAGCCCACCACUGGAGUAGGAGGGAUCUGGGCGGGCCCCAACAUUAGGAUGGCCAAGACAUCCAGCUUCCAAUGCUCUGAUGGCAACAGAUAAGUAAAAAGUGAGCUCCUCGGACGCACGACAACACACCAAGUGAAGUGGAAAGCGCGGCUCCUGUUUCUGCUCCUCGUCCCACUCUCGGACGCGGCGGUGUGGCUCCAGCACUGUCCCAGGACUGUGGACAGAGAAUAUCUGUGACUUUAUCUGCGUCAGUUUCGAAUUUACUACUGCGUUUACUCUUUAUGCCACCGUUCAAGUGUCACAGUCUGUAGUUUCCACGAGUGGAAAGGAGCCUAUUUUUUGUUCAACACCGAGUAGAAGUAGUUUUUUUUGUUACCUAUGACGGCAGAGAUCCAGCAGCCUCCAGCGCACACUCCUGCUCAGAGCAGCCCCAUGUCUGCUCCGGAGAAGCCGCACGGACAGACGGCGGUGAUGGAAACCGCCUCCUCCACCACUAAGACAAAGAAGACCAACGCGGGCAUCCGUCGACCGGAGAAGCCUCCGUACUCCUACAUCGCCCUGAUCGUCAUGGCCAUCCAGAGCUCGCCGACCAAGCGGCUGACGCUCAGCGAAAUCUACCAGUUCCUGCAGAGCCGCUUCCCCUUCUUCAGAGGCUCCUACCAGGGAUGGAAGAACUCCGUGCGUCACAACUUGUCCCUGAACGAGUGCUUCAUCAAGUUACCCAAGGGCCUGGGUCGGCCCGGCAAGGGCCACUACUGGACUAUCGACCCUGCCAGCGAGUUUAUGUUCGAGGAAGGCUCCUUCAGAAGGAGACCGCGGGGUUUCAGGCGCAAGUGUCAGGCGCUGAAGCCCAUGUACAGCAUGAUGAACGGCCUGGGAUUCAACCACAUCCCCGAGUCGUACAACUUCCAGGGCAGCGGCGGGGGCCUGUCCUGUCCGCCCAACAGCCUGCCUCUGGACACUGGGAUUGGAAUGAUGAAUGGACACUUGGCAGGGAACAUGGACGGGAUGGCUCUGUCCGGACACUCCAUGUCACACUUGUCGGCCAACAGUGGACAUUCCUACAUGGGGAGUUGUACGGGAUCUGCCGGGAACGACUAUCCCCACCACGACAAUUCCGCCUCCCCUCUGCUCACCAGCGGGGGAGUCAUGGAGCCUCACCCGGUCUACUCCAGCUCGGCCUCGGCCUGGGCUCCUGCGCCCACGGCCUCCUUGAAUAACGGGGCUUCUUACAUUAAACAACAGCCUCUGUCUCCGUGCAACCCGGGGACGAACCCGCUACAGCCCAGUUUGCCCACACAUUCCCUGGAGCAGCCGUACCUGCACCAGAACGGCCACAGCGCCACAGAUUUACAAGGAAUUCCUCGGUACCAUUCCCAGUCUCCCAGCAUGUGCGACAGGAAGGAGUUCGUCUUCUCCUUCAACGCCAUGACCUCCUCGGCCAUGCACUCUCCAAGCAGCGGCUCCUACUACCACCACCACCACCAGCAGGUCGCCUACCAGGACAUCAAGCCCUGCGUCAUGUGACGCGUCUCAACAGCAGAACACAGCAGAGCACAGGGGCUCGGUUUCAGCAGCAGCAGCAGCGGCGGCGGCAGCCUUCACUCAACCCUGAGUGAAGAACAGACAGAAGUAAAUAAAUAAAAAUAAAAAACCACUGAGAGACUGAGCAGAGCCGAAAAAAGCCCGCGGCCUGGACGGAGACACGAACCCCGGACUGACUGUCCGUCCGUCCGUCCGUCUG